AUGACCGCUGAGGGUGGAACCAUCCGCUCGACCCAAAGUGAUAUGUAGAUGGCAUUCACACCCCUCCAAAAGUUCCGACGAGAAUGUGCCCACCAAGGAUGUGAUCUCAAAAUGCUCAUUGAACGUUUUAAUCUAAGAAUUUAGUUAAUCGCCGGGUUUCGCCAUGUCCUUCAACGGUUCCGAUCAGGCUUUGGAUCAUCCCGACCAAUUUGUACGUCAAGGAUUCUCCCAACGUCUCAAUGAUUCGCUCAAUCAAGCCAUCAAUCGAGAGUUGGUCGCCAGCUACACCUACCUGUCAAUGGCUCAAUAUUUCAGUCGAGCGGAUGUAGCCCUCCAUGGAUUUGCCAAGCACUUUCUGGUCCAAUCUCACGAGGAACAAGAGCAUGGACAACUACUGAUUAGAUACAUCAAUGAACGUGGUGGUAAUGUCGAGUUUUUCGACGUCAAAAAACCGAGGUUUAUGGAUUGGGGUUCGCCUUUGUCAGCCUUUGAGGCGGUCUUGAAUAUGGAAACAUGGAUCAACGAGGAGCUGAAGAAAAGUCAUGAAAUCGCCACGGUGGAUUCGGAUGGCAGUGCGUCAGAUUUUCUCGAAGGCACUUUCCUACAGAAUCAAGUGCGGGAAAUCAAGGAGGCCGGUGAUUUCUUGUCGAAAUUGAAGAGGGUGGGCCAUGGAGUUGGGUUCCAUUUGAUUGACCAAGAGUUGUUGGCUAAAUACGACACCUCAAGUUCGUCGUCUAGCUCAGAUGACUGAUUUCCCUUGAGCAUCGCUAUCGUUCUGAGCGACCGUUCGAGCCCAGUUCAUGGAUUGGCAAAUGGAAAUCCUCGUGAUAAAAUACACAUUCUCGAACAAUAACUUACAUCAUUGAUUCCUCCAUCUGGCUUCUGAGCAAAUCUAAGGGUAAUCUUGGUAACCGAACCGCAACACGUCAUAACGAAAGGGGCUUUCAGACCUUUCUCUCGGACAAAGUCCUGUAAACUAGUCCUCAGUUCCAUCCCAGGGGUCAAUCGCAUGGGGAACACUUUUAGUGCAGACUCCUAAAAGGCAAUGAAUUACAUAUAUCAGAAUCAAGCCUUAUUUUGUAGACUAAUUGCCUCCUACCGCCAUUUCUGGUGGAAUUUCGGAGAGUCGAUAAACUUUUGAAUAAUCGAAUGAAUGCCUUUGGAAGCCUGAAAUAAACUUUUUCUUUAAUUGUG